AAAAGCUGAUUUGUGAUGGCAAAGAUGUGAGAAUGCUUUAAGGGCUACGCCUGAAUUUGGAUGGAAAUCAUUCGAUGGACGGCCGAACCCACCUAAUCCACACGAGGCUUCCUUCCCGCCAGUUUUAGUUACCCGUAAUCAGAAUAUAUACAGAACCCUCCCCCCAAAAGUAACCGCCAAAAGCUUAGUGGAAAACAAAACCCCUAAAAUCCCCCAUUUCUCACUCUCUCAAACCCUUGUUUUCUCUCUCCUCGCCGGCGGCAAUGGCGUCCGAGAAAAUGACGGAGUACGAACGCAAAAGACUCGAGAAUAUCAAGCGCAACAACGAUGUGAUGGCUUCUCUCAAAAUUCAAUCUCACGCUGCCGAUCUUUCCGCCUCCUCCAAGCGCCUCAGAGAGAAGUCAUACUACAAGGCAACCUCAAAGAAGAGGAAGACGCCUGAGCCUGAAAGUCCUAUCGUUAUUCGUCGUUCCCCGCGCACUCGAGGGAUGCCUCCUGAUUUGUCCGGCCUGCCUGAAAGCUUUAAAGAUUCAUCCGUUAAGCCCACUAAAUCAUCUUGGUUGCCACAAUCAAGCCUCGAGCCCUCUGAGACUCUUAGUAUGGAACAAGCCUAUGAAGGGGAAGGUUCCCACCUGAGACUCAUAGAAAAACUCGGUAGACUUACAAGAAACACUAAAUCAGAAGAUGAGAAUGGCUAUUUAAACCUUUCUACAGAGUUUGAAAGGGUGCAUCUGGAGGAGCCUGUUGAUCCACGAUCGUUGAAGUUAGAAUAUGAUAAUGUAGCCCGAGUGGUGCCUGGAAGGAUAGUAUCUAUUCGGUUCCUUCCUACAGCAGAGAUGACUAUGGUUGUCGUAGGGAAUAAGAAUGGCUAUUUAGGGUUUUGGGAUGUUAAACCACAAAAUGAGGAGGAAGAUGUGAUUCAUCUUUACCAGCCACAUUCAGCUCCUAUUUCUGGAAUUUCUGUGCACCCUUUUUCCCUGUCAAAGGUAUACUCUUGCUGUUAUGAUGGGUUUCUACGGAUGAUUGAUAUUGAGAGGGAGAAGUUUGAACUUGUAUACUCUAGCACUGAUCGCUCUUUUUUAUUGUCUGUUGCGCAACAGCCAAAUGAUGUGAACUCUGUUUACUUUGGUGAGGGUCCAGGGGGUCUAAAUAUGUUUGAUAAAAGAGCGGGGGAGAUCUCGUUCUCCUUGUACCCGCAUGUGGGAAGGAUAAAUUCCAUUGAUUUUAGCCAAACAGACACAAAUAUCUUGGCAACUAGUUCUACAGAUGGUUUUGCUUGUUUGUGGGAUCUUAGAAAAAUGGAUGUUAAAAUAAAAGCUGAUCAUCCUGAAGGCAAAGCUCUGUGGAAUGUCAAGCAUAAACGAGCUGUACACUCUGCUUAUUUUUCUCCAUCUGGUCGUUGCGUGGCAACAACAAGUUUGGAUGACACCAUUGGUGUGCUUGGAGGUGUAAAUUUUGAGGAUACGUUCAUGAUUCCCCAUGAUAAUUUGACGAAUAGAUGGAUCUCGACUUUCAGAGCUGUAUGGGGUUGGGAUGAUACACACCUUUAUGUUGGAAAUAUGAAAAGAAGAGUAGAUGUGCUAUCAGUGACAAAGAAAAAGAUGGUGCAUACACUGGAAAGCUCUCAUAUGACGGCUAUUCCAUGUCGGUAUGAUGCUCACCCCUGCAACGUUGGGAUGCUGGCUGGUGCUACUAGUGGCGGUCAGGUUUACAUAUGGACAUCAUCUUCAUGAACGACCUUGCUGUUCUAGCAAUUUCGUAUGUAACCUGGUUAUGCAUCUGUUCAUGUUACAGUGUUACCUAUUGGAGAUAGUGUUGUGAAUGAUGAUGAUCUAGUGUAGCAACCUUAAUGUAUGUCUAGUGUUAACCAUUGAUGAUGUAUUCAAUUGAUUGAAAAAGGGAAUUUGUUAUUGUAUCUUAAUUCAUGAAUUUAGAGCAAGCUCAUUAACAAUGGUCCAUAUUUGGACUCUGCCAUCUGUAUAUUUUGUCUUUUACAAGUUAUUUUACAGAUGUUGUGUUGAAAUUUUCCA